UCGUCCGUGUGGGUUAUGGCCUCUUCACUACAUUGUUAUCAAAGAGGCCGCAAUAGUCAUCACAAUUAAUGAAGUCAAAAUAAAAGCGAACAAAAUCGCCUAAUAUUUGCAAAAACUAAAGAAAAUGUCAAAUUAAACGCAAGCUAAAGUCUAAACAUAAACGAAAAACUUAAACUCUGACCUCGCGCAACUUCCUCGUCACGAAAGAGACAAUGAUGAAAACUGUAAAGAUUUUCCAAAGAAAAUAUCACCUUGCUGAAUUAAUAGCCAAAAUUACCUGCUGCAUAUUGCUAAUUUAUUCCAUAUUACCGCAUCGUUUUGCCUCACACUAUGACUACAUACGUCCGGAGGAUAUUCCCGAGGCGUUGGUGAACCAAGUGACCACGAAUAUCUCACAGCAACACAUGGAGGAGUGCCAUUACGAGAGUAUCAUCGAAGAGAAUCGCUACAUGUACAUACCUCAGUUCAGCGAUGAGGUGCUCAAGCCGGAAGAGAUUCUGCCCGGCGGUGAAUAUUAUCCGGAAGACUGUCGUGCCCGGUACAGCACAGCCAUUAUAGUGCCUUACAGGCAGCGAGAGCAGCAAUUACAUAAAUUUCUAUCCUAUAUGCAUAACUAUUUAAGGCAUCAGGACAUACACUAUCGCAUCUUCCUCAUAGAGCAAUACGAUCAGAAGCCCUUCAAUAGGGCCAAGCUAUUCAACAUAGGAUCCAUGAUAGCGGCCGAAUUUGAAUUUCCUUGUUUGAUAUUGCAUGAUGUGGAUUUGAUGCCUUUAAAUUUGGGCAGUCUAUACGCGUGCACCCAGCUUCCAAGACACAUGUGCGCUGCAUUGGAUAUGUGGCGUUUUCAUUUGCCCUAUCGCGGUCUGUUCGGUGGUGUGGUGGCCAUACGCACUCAACAAUAUCGCACCAUUAAUGGCAUGUCCAAUAUGUACGAAGGCUGGGGCGGUGAGGAUGAUGAUCUCUUCGAGCGUCUGAAAUCGCGUAAUAUUGAUAUAUGCCGCUUUGCCCCACAUCUCAAUGAGUACACCAUGUUGCGGCACAAACCGGAAAAGAAGAAUGAGAAUCGUGUGGCACUACUGCGAUCUGGGGCAUUGCGUUUCAACACCGAUGGCCUGAAUUCAUUGGUGUAUACGGAAAAGGAUCGACGUAUUCAUAGUUUAUUUACACAUAUUUUAGUACAAACAUAGAGCAAGGCAGAGCCGUGAAGUAAGAUGCAAGAAGCCAUAAACCAAAAAACAAAACAAAAGGGGCAACGAGGAAGAGGUAGUAGGAGUUUUUGGUAAGCACAAUUGGUCUAAGUAAUUUGGUAUUGUUUUUUGCGAGGAUAGGGAAAAGUUAUUUAUUUCCACUUUUCAUAGCCAUAAUUUUAAUCUGAAGCCGCAAUAACAGAUGAUAAAGAUUUCGUUUAUGAUUAAGUCCUAAAAAACAAUGUGUGGGUAUAUAAUGAGCGUACCGCAGGCUUACUUCAAAUAUUUUCUAAUUUUAAGUUUGCCUAUUGGAUUUUGUAUAGGGAGCUCUCUCCCUCCGAGAUAAUUUUACCAUGGAUAUAAAUACCACCAGAAUGAAGGAUUUUUUAUUGAUCUCGAAACUGAUUUCGUUUGCUUUGUCUAUCUUUGGUGGAACAAAGGUCUAUCUGACUAUUUCAUAAAAUUUUCCCCAAACAAGUGUCGCAGUGCGGCACGCCGUUCGGACUCGACUAUGAAAAGGUCUCUAAUAUAGAGCUUAAAUUUGAAUCGAACAGCAUUCAUUGAUAUGUGAGAAGUUUGUCCCCGUUCCUUAAUGGACAGUUUAUGGGCAAAUUUGCAUUUUUUGUAUUUCAAAGUUUUAGUUUUUAAUAUCCAAUGUUGUUAAGCAUCAAUCGCUUUGAUGGACUUAGUGUGUCGAUAUCAUCGGCAUAGACAAUCAGCAUGUGUUGUGUGUUGAAUAGUUUAUAAACUUUCUCAAAAGGAUAUUAAAAUGAUCGCAUGACAUGUUGUCUCCUGGUCUGAAACCUAUUUCGACAAGGAAUUUUCCUUAUUUUAAAUGAGGUUUGAAGGUCAUCCUGCAAAGUUUAACGUGUUUUGCAGUUAUACCAAACUCACAUAUCAGAGGAACUCGACAAAUAGAUGGAAGGUGUUGAUGCGAUUCUUUUGGAUCGUUUCCAGUAUGAGCCAUAGUGCAAAUGUCUGGUCAAAGGUCGAUUUACCA